CGAUGAACCAGCCUUGGAAGGAGAGCCGGCGAGGAACCUGCUAUUCGCCGGCUACAAAAGGGCUCUUUCGCAGUCCAGUGCAUCUUCUCUCGGCUCGCGACCGCUCGGACUUCCUUGAACUGCCCCAAAGCGCCCAAGCGCUUGGAAUCGCCUUUUCGGAGGUGAGCGGCUGGGGUUGGAAAGGAGGACCGCCGGACAAUAGUGCGGAUUUGCUUGCUUGCUGCCUGUGCUUGAGCUACGUUCUUGAGCGCCUGGUUAAUAAACACAAAGGUUUAUUUGCAACGUAUGCAAUGUUAAAAACACUGGGAAAUGUUUUUAUGUACGCUCCGGGAAAAUGCAUGAAACAGAGAAUUAGCCACAUUUCUCUUUUUAUUUUUUCCAACCCAAGUUACGACGGCUGCGCUCAUGCAUGGAUCUGGAUUUUAAUUUAAAAUUCCGAAGUGUUUAAAAGUUGUGGGUUUGUUGUUUUCGUGUGUAUGCGUCUAUGUUCGGGUGAGAAGCGAUGUCCGCUUUGUUUUCCCAGAGCCGAUCCGUUAGACCAGCUGCUGGAGGGGGACACAGAUUGUGUGGGACUUGAAUAAAUUUGGAACUGAAUAAAAAGAACAUUGAGUUAAACUGCUGUGUCUAAGGCAGGAAAGUUUUGGGAUCUGACAACCCAAAUCGCUGGGGUUUGCAAGGGAUUUUUUGUAAAGGUUAUUUCAGGCUGAGAGGUAGCUUAAGCUCUUCCUUCACUGACUCUUUUUUUUCUUCUUGAAAUUGUUGUGUAAGAACUGUAUGUCUUGUGAAGAUAACAGAAUAUGUAAAGAUGCCCAAAUUCCCUUUAACUUCAUAGCACCUUCAGUUUUUGACAGUAUUGUACUUGUUUAUUGAGAAAAACCCUGCUUGGAUAAAGCUAUAAAAGAACAAGUCUUUUAUACCUCCUGGAAUAAACUGUUUUUGGUAGAAUUUGUGUGCAAAACAUCUUGACAUGUGAUAGAUUACUAAGGAGCCAAUAAUUAUAUUAACUUGUGCUGUCACAUGCUGCUCCUGUUCCUCAGAAAACCCUCUACAGCUAUGGUGGACAAAAGUCAGUUUUGUGUUUGUUUAUUGUUUUAAAAUAAUUUAGGUUGCUCAUUAAUACAAUUAUUCCUAUGGAGUAUAGAAAACAAUACAAUCUUAAAUAUCAAGUGCAGGUUUGAGGAAAGAAUAGAAUAGAAUAGAAUAGAAUUUUUUGUUGGCCAAAUGUGAUUAGACACGCAAGGAAUUUGUCUUGGUUGUAUACGCUCUCGGUGUAGAUAAAAAACAAGAUACAUUUGUUAAGAAUCAUAAGGUACAAACUUAAUGAUAGUCAUAGGGUACAAAUAAGCAAUCAAAUCAUAUUAGGAAACAGUCAAUAUACAUCAUAAGGAUACAAACAACAAAGUUACAGUCAUGCGGGCAUAAAUUGGAGGAGAUGGGUGGUGGUAGGAAUGGUGAGAAGAAUAAUAGUAAUAGUAAUGCAGCCUUAGUGAAUAGUUUGACAGUGUUGAGGGAAUUUGUUUAGCAGAGUGAUGGUGUUCGGGGGGAAAACUGUUCUUGUGUCUAGUUGUUCUGAUGUGGAGUGCUUUAUAGCAUCAUUUUGAGGGUAGGAGUUGAAACAGUUUAUGUCCAGGAUACGAGGGGUUUGUAAAUAUUUUCAGUCCUCUUUUUGACUCGUGCAGUAUACAGUUCCUCAAAGGAAGGCAGGUUGGUAGCAAUUGUUUUUUCUGCUUUUUCUAUUUUUUUGAAAAAUACUUCAGUAGACAUCAAAAGCAUAGCACAGAGAAAUCUUCAAAUAUAGUAGAAUUUCACAAGUUUGUUAAGAUCCCUAAAUCUAUUAAUUGGAGAAAAGCCACCAAAAUAUACUUAGGUUUAAAAAAUUCAGGGUUUAGGAAUUUGUCACUACCAAAAUCCUAAGGCAUACUACCGAGAAUCCCAAUCCUGGAUACUUCCAAUUUCUGUGAUAUAAGUUAUUGCUGCUUUUAUUAAGUAAUCGGGAAUCAAAAUCCUUGCCUAUCUACUGUACCUUGCCAUAUUUUCUACUUUGCCCAACAAGGUAUUGUGGUUUUGAGUCCCAAGUUUCAUUGUAGUGAAUGUGCUCUGAAGAAAAACGUCACUGAACUAAUAAUUGUGGAUGUUUCUUAUCCAUUGAUCAAUAUGUAACACACUACCUUUGGAAGACCAAAUACCAUGCCUGGCCUCAAAAUCCAUUUUUGAAUGUUUCACAAACAUUUCAUGACAUUGUCAAUAUAUUGUGGAAUCAUGCCUGUCAUCAGAGCUAUUCACAUUACAUCGUGAAAACCAACUUCUGCUAAAGAAUAGCAGAAAGCCCUGUAUGCUGUAAUGUGGACUUAAUUCACUAAUGUAUUAUAAUGAUUUAUAUACUGCUUGAUAUACCAGACUUUUGGAUUACAAUACUAUAACUAAUUGAGAACCUAACAGAAUAACAUUGCUACUGCAAUAUCCAUAUAGGUAGCUGCCGGCCAUUAAAAUAUGCUUCUCCAAAAUAUAUUUUUACAACUUCUCUUAAAUUUUACAGGGUGUAAGAGGCAAGAUGAGUUUGCAUUUACUGAUUUGCUGUUUGUGCAAAACUAAAGAUGGAACUGAAAACCACCAGUAUUUUUAUCUCUGCUAUAUGCUAGAGUCCAAAUUCUGCACUUUAUAAUCCUAAAAAUGAUUGUGUUAACUCUCUAACAGUUGGAAGACCUGAAAGAUCAGGUUAAGACAUAUAAUCAUGAGGAAAGUAGGAAUUUUAUAUUUUAACUUGGAGCAUUGUGUUUUUGUAAUGAAAACAUCCCAGCUGCAAUUGCUCUGUGCAAUCACAAACUGAACAAGCUUUGUCUUAAAGUUUGUAACAGUUUGAUUGUCAAUAGAAGAUCGCAUCUGUGCAGCACCUUCCUUAAUUUAUCAAACAGAAUCUGCACAUUUAUUUUGCAAGAUGGGAGCAACAGAGAAUUAUUUUUAGUAUACUGUAAUCCUUACCACUUUGUAGAUAUAAACAAGAAGAAAAAAGCUUCAUAUCCAGGGGAAGUGAUGAUAUGGGGUGGGAUCAGGCGUGAAAUAUAAAAUUUGUUACUGCCAGUUCUGUGGGCAUGGCUUGGUGGGGGUGGGGGUAAUGUGACCGGAUGGGCAUGGCCAACUUUUUUUUAACCUUUAAAAGCAUUUUUUCUAAAACCUCUUUGGCUGAAGAGGGUGUAAAAAAAUGCUUUCAAAGGUUUAUGACGAUCCCAGCUGAGGCACAUGAUCAUCAGAGGCUUUUUUUUUACUUUCGGCCAAAGAAAAAAUGCUUUUAAAAGUAAAAAAUAUAUAUAUAUCUGAUGAUCACGCGCCUCAGCUGGGCAUUGGGAGGAGGGCAGGGAUUUUUGCUACCGAUUCUCCGAACCACCCGCCGCCAUCGCUACCGGAUCGGGCGCUUUGGUCUGAACUGGGAGCAUUUCACCCCUGGUUGGGAUUAAGAUAAAUGUAUUAGCUUUUGGCAACAUAGGUAUACAUAUUUUAGCUCUUUAUCUCAAUCAGUAGAAUUUCUGAAAUGAUGGAUCUAGGCCUCCAGGUGGCCAUUUAGAGGGAUUUGUUACAAAAAAAAACAAACAGUCAGCCUUGCACAGGAAGUGUGGGAGCAUUGCCACAGCCUAAACCCACUGAAAUUAUUAGUUGUAUUCAUGAGGUUGUUUUUAAGGGUGCUGUAGAGUUGCAGUACUUAUUCUCUCUCCCUCUCUCUCUCUCUCUCUCUCUCUAACUGUUGGAAGACCUAAAACAUCAAGUUAAGACAUAUAAUCAUGGAGAAAGUAGGAAGCAACAUCAAUGUAAUAGCAUAAUCUGUCACUUAAUUAUCAGAAUAUUAAAAUUCUGAGUGUUAACUUGGUGUAAGAACCCUACAUUUCUCACUAGGAUAUUGGAAUGCUUUCUAAAACAAGGCAGGCAAGCCUUGCAAAAGACAGGCAAGCGAGCAAAGCUACAUUUUCACAUCUUCUGCACAUGCUCAGGAUCUAGGUAGGUGUGAAAUCUUCCCCAGCCUGUGGAAAACAAUUUUUCUUCCGAAACCGAUCCCUGGUGCCAGAAAGUUUGGAGACCACUGCUCUAAAAGUUAGCUGGUUAAAGAAAGACGGGUGGAGCUAAGGCUUCUGAAUGAGAAGUAUUGAAAUGUCCAGCCUUUUCAUCCUAUGUCUUAUUUAUUUAUUUAUUUAUUUAUUUAAUCAUAUUUAUAUACCGCCCUAUCUCCCAAGGGACUCAUCACUGCCACCCUAUACUGCCCCUUUUUCCAAAGUUGCACUCCAAUUUUUUUAAAAAACAGCCUUGUCAAUACACUGGCAUUUCCUGGGAUUAAAAAUUAGAAAGUGACAAACUCUUCUUCAGAGAGUGUCCAGAAAAUGCCUAAGACAAGAUUGUAGAACAUGUUCAGUAGAGCCCAUUGAAUCAUUGCAUUGCAUUGCUUACAAUAAAAAGUUGUUCAUUAUUUUCCUUUUCCUUUGAGUCUCAUUAUAGCUAACCAGCUUCUAAUGGCAGAAAAAGAAACUGAAAAGCUGAAAAUGAAAGUACCUCAGUAGAAAGUAAAAAUAGCUUUAAAAAGUUACAGCAUGUACUCUCAAAUGUAUUUGGUAGAAUGCAUUAUGUAUAACGUAACAGGUAAGCCAGGUGAGUACAGCAUGCUUAGAACAUGAUUUUUGAAUUGUUCAUGAUUUCCCAGUGACCCCUUUGAAUUAAGGAGCACAAAAUAAAUCGCCUGCCAACUUUUCCAUCAUUUGGUUAAUGAUCAGAAAAUUGUAAGGCAUGCAUGAAUUCUCUUCCUCUGAAAAGGCUAACCUAUUGUUUUCUUCCUGAAUUACAAUUAAAGCAAAACCCCAAGGAUGAAGAAAACCUUGUUACUGGAACCUGCCAUCUCCUUAUAUAUUUUUGCCUAUUCUUUGACCACUCCCCUGAAGCAGCAAUAUGUAUACAAGAGGAUCUGGGAAGAAACAACCAACUCUACCUUCAUAGUUCAAGAUAAUGUGUCUCAUUGUGAACGGAAUCAAAGCAACCCAAUCUUUGUGAAACAAAAGGAAGUCCAAGAAAAAGCCUCUCUCUUUGCUAUGAAAACAGACUUAUGUGGGGCAAUUUUCAGCAUUUUGGUGGCCUUUGUCCUCGUAGCAAAUGGAGAUCGAUAUGGACGCAAAAUAUCACUGGUUCUUCCCCUGGUGGGGAGUCUUACCAGCAGCAUCUUCCUCUUUGUUAUGUCAGACUUAUCUUUGCCCCUCUAUCUUUUCUUUAUUUUCUCCUUGAUUGGGGGGCUGUUUGGAGACUUGGCUACUUUUCUUGGAGGUGCCUUUUCCUUUGUAGUUGAUUGCUGUGAGACUCAGAAACAAAAGACCGUCCAAAUAGCCGUGGUUGACUUAAUCUUUGGAUUCGCCUCCGGAUUGGGAGGAUUGGUCUCAGGGUACAUUCUAAAAAAAAUAAACUUUAUGUGGACAUUUGCCAUGAUUUCUCUAUUUCACAUGCUCAACAUUUUAUAUGUCAUAUUUUUCUUGGAUGAAACAGUGAAAGUCUCUGCAAUCCAGACCCAAUCUUGGCGGGAAGGUCUUAAAGACACACUUUCUGGAGUAUAUCUGCUCUUUAAAUCUUCCUCCUGUAAGAAGCGAAUUUUAAUCAUCUUGCUGCUUUCCACAUUCAUGACUUACCUUUUCACAGUGUUGGGAGGGCUUAGCCUCUAUGUGCUAUACGAACUGAAUGCUCCUCUCUGCUGGGACGCCAUUUACAUCGGAUAUGGCUCAGCUGUGUCCACCUCGGUCUCUGUGACUGGAUUCCUAGGGAUUGUUUUCCUUUCUCGGUGUCUGAGAGAUAGCUACCUUGUUUUUAUUGGAAUUUUCUCUUAUAUGGGAGGAAGUAUCAUGGCCGCCUUUGCCAACACUACCUUGUUGAUGAUGUUGGUGAGAAUACCAUCGAUGCUCCUUUUCAUACCCGUUCCAGUUAUUCGAGCCAUGUUGUCAGAAAUAGUUCUUCCUAAUGAACAAGGAGCUUUAUUUGCUUGCAUUGCCUGCUUAGAGGUUGUGACUGGGACCAUUUCAAUUACUGUCUUUAAUACCAUCUAUGCAAUGACUGUAGCAUGGUUUCCUGGCUUCAGUUUUCUCUUAUCAGCUGGCUUCUGCAUAAUUCCACUGAGUUUAAUGUGUUGGUUUAUGUAUGUUACUCCGCGCAAAGAGGACUAUGCGCAACUCGCAAAUGAAGAGGGCUGUCCUAGCCAGAAUGACGACAGCUGAAUAGAGAAUACACCUAGCAGCUACUGCUCUUGCGUUCUAUAAUGGAUUGACUUGUGGAUGGGGUUGCCAGAGUUUCAGUAUUUUCAAUGGCUCCAUUUUGAGAAUUCCACAAUAAUUGAUUGGCUCAAGUUUGCUUUUAUCUUGGAUUGCUAUAAGCUGCCAUGCAAGGGGUGCAAAGUAAAUGUAAAUAUGCUCUAUACUCCUUGAAUGUUGACUGUGGGGUUUUCCUGUCUUAGAUUUCUUCUCAUUGCUGCCCUGUUGGCACAUUGCCCUUUGAUCCAAACUAGGUCAACUAAAAAAAGGGUAUUUGCUUUGUCAGAUCACACAUUACAAGAUUAUUAUGAUAAAUAAGUAAGUUAUGCUUAAAAUAUUGAUUGGAUCAUAUGUGUUUUCUAAUCCCUCAACUAAUUCUGUGUCCUGAAUCCAAAAUUCUCAAGAUUUAUUUAUCUAGGUCAGUAAGGUUAAUCCUUCACUAUCACCCUAUGAAGUAAAUAUCUCUUCUUUUUUUGUCUCUGUCAGAAUUCUUUAAUGCCUAUUAUAUUCACUGGCUCCUCUUUUAACAAAUGCAUACGCUUAGACACGUGUGAAGUAGUUAGUAAGAGAUUGGGCUGGAACUGGGGAGGAUUACCGUUUCCCCUGAAAUAAGUCAUCCCCUGAUAAUAAGCCUGAUAAAAUCGGGUUUUUGAGCGCAUGCGCUAAAAUAAUAAGCCCUCCCUGAAAAUAAGCCCUCCCUGAAAAUAUUUAAACGCAUGCACAGCUGGUCCCCACCAUUUCCUCUGGUUAGGGAGACAGAGCUGGAAAUCAGGUAAGAUAGCAAGAGGAGCCCCGUCUUGCUCCAUGUGCCCCAAAAUAAUAAGACAUCCCUGAAAAUAAGGUCAAGCACUUAUUUCAGGAUUCAAAAAUAUAUAAGACAGGGUCUUAUUUUCGGGAAAACAUGGUAGAUAAAGUCUGCUCUCAGCCAUAGAGCAGUCAGAUCUAGGACAAAAAUCAGCCAAAUUUACAUCACUGGUUGUUGUGGAGAAAACAAGGAAGGUCAGAGUAUAUAUUGACUUAAAGGCAAGAACGGAAUGUAAUAACAGUAAAGUUCAGUGAUUCAUAUUCCUUACAGGAAUUGAAAAGGAAAGAGAAGGAGUGGUGAGCCACCCUGAAAAUCAUAACCCUCCAUUCUCCUAACUUAUUUAGUUUUGUAAAGAGGGUAUCAUGUAGAACAUGGGUGUCAAAUUCGCACUGUCAUGUGACAUUUCGCGACGUUUUUCCCUUCCGUGGAACUUGGGUGGACGUGGCCUGUGUGUAAUGCAUCUGGCCUGCAGGCCACCAGUUUGACACCUCUGAUGUAGAGGAUAAAGCAAAAAAUCAUACAUUUGCACUCUAGGAUGGAAAAAAGGGUCAACCCAUAGGCGAACAUAGCUUUUUAGUAGGGUUCAAAAAUCUGUAAACUAGAAAUUUCCUUCAGAAAAUAGAAAGCAUAUCUUUAUUGAGAAAAAAACAGAGUUACAAGUUCUGGCAGAAAAAGAAGGGAAAGGGAAUGGGGAAGGGAAAGGGAAGGGAAGGGAAGGGAAGGAAAGGAAAGGAAAGGAAAGGAAAGGAAAGGAAAGGAAAGGAAAGGAAAGGAAAGGAAAGGAAAGGAAAGGAAAGGAAAGGAAAGGAAAAGGCAUGCCCUGAUCCAACACGACUGUUUAAUGGAUUUCUCUUAUGUAGUUGAGAAACCCUUGCUUGGAUACUUGCCUCCAUCUCAAAUUUUUUUUAGCAAUCAUAAAUCAGCAUAAAAUUGUAGCAAUACUGUAAAGACUUGGAAUCCUAACGGGUACAUUAAUAGCUUGUAUCCCCUGUACAGAUGCAUUUUGAACAGAGGGAUAUGGGAAUGAGGAGAUUUUUCCAGGCAUGUACAACAGUCAACAAAUUUAUGUGUUGUGAUUCAACAGUGAUAUCACUAUUUUUUGUAGGAAUCAUUCCCUUUCAUCUGUGGAACAGUAAACUUGACUGAAAACUUCUCUUCUUAUUCCACAUGGUCUCUGAAAGCCUCUUGAUUUUAUGAAACAGAAUAGAUUCUCCUCAACAGAGCCAGUUUGGUCUCAUGCCUAAGGCACCAGGCUAGCAACCAGGAGAUUGUGAGUUCUAGUCCCACAUUAGGCAUGAAAGCCAACUGGGUGACUGGGCUAAUCACUCACUUUCAGCCCAGCCCACCUCACAGGGUUGUUGCUUUGGAGAAAAUAGAGUAGUAUUAGGUAUGUUUGCCUUGUGCUAUUUAUAAAAAUAAUAAGAGAUAUAUAAAUAUUAGAAUAUUAACAGAAAAGUAUGUUGUCACUACCUGAUGUUUGCCAUCUUCUGUUAAAUCCUUAAAUGUGCUCACUGCACUUCUGCCCUAAUGUAUUAAAAUGUACAACUUUAGACAUGCUAGUCACAUGACUUAUCAAAUCACAUGUGCCAGAAAGGCAAUUAAUCAGCAAUAUUUCUUGUGCGUUGUUUCUUCUGAAGUGCACUGUGUAAUUUGACAUAAGAAAGAGGCUUUUAAUGGUAUUUUGAUUUUGCUUGGGAACUGGUAAGUGGUAGAGGCAUGCAUCAGUGAUUUUAGGAGAAUCUUACUAUGAAUAAUGGAAGUGACAUACACAGUGUCCGCAGUGCUUGUACUGCAAUAUAUAACUGCCUGCAGAGCAGGUUAUUUAUUAUGCCUUCAGGCUGCCAUUGAAGACAAUGUUUAAACUGAGGUGAAAUGAGCAAGAAGAGGGUAGCCUAAAUGCAUUAGCAGCGAAGUACACCUGAUAAUGUAUUGGCUCCAUUGAACACUGUGGUUUCUGGGUAAUUCCAUAUAGGGUUGUACUUUACAACCUUUAGUGGGUUGUGGCUUUUGUAUUUUUGUAAAUACACAGCAUUUUAUUGUUAAUAAAGACUAAAAGCUAUGAUUAGAGAAGCAAUCAUGUGUUCUGUUGCCCACGAUUGCAAUUAUGCAUAUUUUGUAAUCUUUCUCAUGUGUUUUUAAUAUAAUUCUUAUAUAUUUUCCAUCUGGUUCAGAAACCUUUUGCAUUUUUUAUGCUUCUGCAAUUAAACCAAAGAUAAGCAUCUAA